GGCGGGACCGGAAGGCAAGAUUUGGCUGUGGCGCCAGAGCGGCUUUAGGACAGGCUAAGCGAGGGGGAGGAGAAGGGGGGGGGAGGAGGCAGCCGCGGGUCAUGUGACCGGAAAGGCUCCUGACGGACGCCGUCCCUCCUCGGCGCCGCCUGAGCGCCCGGCCCGACCCCGCCAUGGGGUGCUGCUAUAGCAGCGAAAACGAGGACUCGGACCAGGACCAGGAGGAGAGGAAGCUGUUGUUGGACCCCAGUAACACCCCUACCAAAGCCCUCAAUGGAGCCGAGCCCAGCUACCAUAGCCUGCCUUCAGCUCGCACAGAUGAGCAGGCCCUGCUUUCCUCCAUCCUUGCCAAGACAGCUAGCAACAUCAUUGAUGUGUCUGCCGCAGACUCCCAGGGCAUGGAGCAGCAUGAGUACAUGGACCGGGCAAGGCAGUACAGUACCCGCUUGGCUGUGCUUAGCAGCAGUCUGACCCAUUGGAAGAAGCUGCCACCGCUGCCAUCUCUCACCAGCCAGCCCCACCAAGUGCUGGCCAGCGAGCCUAUCCCUUUCUCUGACUUGCAGCAGGUGAGCACUCCUGGCUGGUCCCCUAGCCCCUUCCCACAUGGCUUCCCAGGAGGGAGGGAGCCUGGUAUUGGUGCACCCAGCUUAUUCCCACCUUGGUCUUGGUUUUCACAGCGUUCUUAGUUCCUUCCCACACCGUUUAGUCUCUCAGCAUCUGCCCUUGCUUUUGUCCUUCUCUCUCACUUCCUUCCAGAGAUAAAGCUCAGGGUACUGUUCAUGCAAGCCAAGUGCUCUACCAGUAAGCUGCAAUCCUAACCUAACCUUUGGUUUUUGAGAGAAGGACUCAGUGUUAUAGCCCAGGCUGGCACUGAAUUAUGGCCCCCCUGAUUUAGCCUCCUGACUGGUGGGACUAUAGGCAAGCACCAGCACACCCAGCUCUUUUUGGCUUUCAGUCCACCAUUCCUUCUUUCCUUUACUGCCACUCCAUCUCACACUGUCUUUCCUCUCAUGUGUGUUCUUCCCUCCCUGGCCUCUGUCUCAGGUCUCCAGGAUAGCUGCUUAUGCCUAUAGUGCACUUUCUCAGAUCCGCGUGGAUGCGAAAGAAGAGCUGGUUGUACAGUUUGGGAUCCCAUGAAGAAAGGGGUCCUGGGACAGCUCUUCCCUCGUCUUCAUCCCGUCUCCACCCCACCUCUUCUGGCCCCCAGCCUCACUGUGGCUUUCUACAGAACCCAACCUGCUACUAAUCACGGAGAAGAAUGUGGAGGACAAGAAUAAGGCUAGAAGCCAGAGCAAGUGAGGACUGAGCAAGGGAAGGGAGAACCGAUUGCCAUCGGCCUUCAUGCUCUGGUUAGGGUGAGGUUGGGGCCAAGAGGACUGGGCCUGGCAGAUCUUCAAGUCAUUGGGAAGAUGGAGAUACCACUGUAGGGGUGAACACCGGGAGACCUAGGAGAUCCCCUCCCCACCCUUUCUCUUGGCCUCCGAUUCACUCCUGUCCCGUUCCCUGACUUGGUGCUCAUAGGCACCUCACUGGGAAUUAUGACCAGGGUCUAGACAAGCUUGAAUCUGAAUUGAGUUUGUAUUUCUAGCACCCUGGAUUUUUACAUGUUUGCUCUUUUUGUUUUUUGUUUGUCACCCCUCGAUAAAGAAAGUAUAUUCAUUGUGUUGCUGGUUCAA